ACCCCCUCCCUGGAUGUAGGCAAGCAGGCGUGCACACACACUGGCAGCUCCCGUCUCACUCUCUGCACCGUUACCCUACUUGCUCUCCUUUAAGCUAGUGGAUUUGAGCCAGCUGCUGCGUAAAAACACAGCCAAAAUGUCUGACAAGCCUGAUAUGACUGAGAUUUCUCGUUUUGACAAGACAAAGCUGAAGAAGACCGAGACAAAAGAAAAAAACCCUUUACCCACCAAAGAGACAAUUGAGCAAGAGAGGAAAGGAGAUGCCACACCUUGACUGACAAGCACAUGAAGAAAAGAAGCUGGGAUGCCACAGCAAAAUGCACUUUGUUUUUCAUUAUCACAGUAUUCCAAUCUCCUACUUUUGUCUUCAGAUAAAGGGUGCUCCUGAGCUGUGAAGGGUUGCAUCCACAUAUGGAUGGGAAGGGGAUCUCUUUACCACUUGAGAGCAGAAGGAUUAGUCUGGUUCCCUGUCUCCAACAUUGCCAAACUGGGAAGAGUGGUGUUGUGAUGUAACAUCAUGAGGCAGGCAACCAAACUAUGAGGGGAUGGGGUGGGUGAUGGGUCUCCUGAAAGAGGGAGCCGUCAGAGCCAAACCAUGUGGGAUUUUUUUGGUAAUAAUUUUUUAACUUUUCUUUAUGAAAUAAAUAUCAAGAUGUGGAACCAAAUAGUCUGAAUCAUUUUGUCAGUCUUGUGCAAGACAAAAUAAGACUUGAACACAAGCAUGUAAUAACAAAUGGUCAUGAUACACUGGUUGGCUAAUAAACCUGAAUGGAGUUGACCUAAUGGAGGCAUACACUCACAAGCCACAACAUUAGGAACACCUGCACCAUCACCACCGUGAGAUCCCGUUGAGUUAAGGCCUUACACACUGAUAUGUAGGAUACCUUUUUAGCCACAUACACUAUAUUGGGAACAGCUCUAUAAUGCGUGCAAUUCUCCACCAUUGCAAAAGUAAUAAACCAGAAGUCAUCCCCUGUAGCCAUUUAUAUUUAUGUAUCGAAUUUCAUACUUCACCAGUAUGCACAUCACUAUCAUUUAAGAAAAAGCUAGCAAUCUGUCACACAAAAUCAAGUGCCAGC